CUCUGCGAUCCUGCGCUCUCUCUCGCCGGCUCCGCCGCUCCUUCCUCACUGAUUGUCCCUCUCGGUGCGCGAUAGUGCCACUGAUACCCACUUUACAGCGUGUCUGUGGAAAGUCAGCCUCUCUCUCUAAGUCUGUGCGUCCCUUGCUCACCCUUGUCCUCCUCUCUGGUUGCGCUGUGGCAAACUAACAAACAGAGGAGGUGUUAACUACUUUUUUUUUUGUUGCUUUUCCUUUUACGCGCCCUCCCGUUAUCUCCCGGUUGCUGCCGCGCAUUCGCGAAAAAGGGCCGGUGCCGCACUGAUGAUACUACUCCGCAGAAAAGUUUUCGGUUGUUGUGAGGAUAAAAAAGAAAGAAGAAAAAGCCGGAAACCAAGCAGCCGUCUGCAAUAGAAGCGGAUUCUCGCCACGGAGAGGGAGUCUCUCCUUAGAUGUUGGAUGGUAGUCUGCAAACCUUUGAAGCUCAACUAGAGCGUCUCACUGCACUACUUGAUUCUGCGUGAGAUGCUGACUGACUGAAAAUGAGGAGCAAGAUUUGAUGACCCAUAGAUUUCCUUACUCCUUUGACCAUUUGGCUUCGACAUCAGAUCCAGCACUCAUAAGCAAGAAAAGCUUUUACCUGCUCUUACCCUGGAAGACAACACCUAUCUUUAUUAUAAGAAAAAAAACAGUCCAGAUAUCCUUAGGGGCAACAACCUAAAUGAUCUGAACUGAAUCAUUCUUAGGUGAAGUUGGUUCUUGACAUAUUGUAUGACUGGACGUUCUUGAGACCCCUUCUCCAAAGAAAAAAACACUGCAGUCACCAUCUUAGGUUUCCUGCAUGUCCUCAGACCCUUUCCAAGGGCCUUGAGUGUCGUCUUCAGUUUCUCUGAGGAGGAUUCCUUUCCUCCUCCUCCUAAAAUUUUUAAGACAUCCUUUGACCGCCCAAACAUGGACCUCCACCGGGCAGCCUUCAAGAUGGAGAGCUCCUCCUAUCUCCCAAAUCCUCUUGCCUCUCCGGCCCUCAUGGUGUUGGCCUCCACGGCUGAAGCAUCCCGUGAUGCUUCAAUUCCAUGCCAGCAGCCUCGUCCAUUUGGUGUCCCUGUUUCUGUUGAAAAGGAUGUCCAUUUGCCGUUUAAUAAUGGCUCGUACACCUUUGCGUCAAUGUAUCACCGCCAAGGUGCAGUUCCACCAGGAUUUCCCAACAGGGACUUUCCUCCUUCUCUCCUCCACCUUCAUCAUCAGUUUGCCCCACCCAACUUGGACUGCUCGCCCAUCAGCAUGCUGAACCACAGCGGUGUAGGCGCCUUUAGGCCUUUUGCCUCACCUCCGGAAGAUCGAGAUGGGGCACCAGGGGGUUAUCAGUCGGCUUUCACUCCAGCCAAGCGCCUCAAAGGCUGCCUGGAUGCAGAAGCUUCGCCUCACCUGCGUUACUCUGAUGCUGAAGGGAAAGAGUAUGACUUUGGUGGCACCCAGAUCCCUCCUGGAGGCUCACCCAGCAGCGCCUUGAAAGCAGUCGAGGACAGCGGGAAAAAGAUCUUUGCUGUGUCAGGCCUCCUGUCAGACCGAGAGACUUCCUCCAGCCCAGAAGACCGCAUUGAACGCUAGCUUCCUAAUCAGGUCAGCGCCAUCCUGCCUGCAGACCACCCCGUCCCCUGGCUGGCCCCACAUGUUGUGACUCCUGACAACUUCUCCAAUUUGCUCUGCUGUGUGAAGAGGCUGGGAGCACAUUGAUAUCUUCCCACCUACACACAAGCUCAGGAGCAAUCUUUUCCUUUCUCAGGAACACACACAUACCCAAGCACCCUCCCACACUACAGUCAUCAAUAUUCUCCCAUUUAUAAAUGAUCUGGCCCUGAGAUAGAGUUUCAGACCUGCUGGGU